GCUCGCGGGCUCGCGCCUGCUGGUUGCGGGCCCUGCGGGGAGACGCCGCCUUCUCGGGCAAGGUCGGGGCGCCGGACUUCUUUCGGGACUUGGUGAUUUUGCCCUUUGUGUCCAGACUUAGCAGGGGCUCUUGCUGGGCCCUCCUGGCCCGAGCGUGCACGCCACAACAUCCUGUCCGCGUUUCCGUGUCGCAUCCCCUAAUGCUCAGGAAAUGCUUCCGGAUGUCCAACUAAGAUUUGAAUAAGCAGCCUGACCCGGUUGCUGGGUGUCCUCAGAGGCUGCCCCUGGCUGACAGCUGUGGGCGAUAGAGACGCCUCCUGUGCCCUGCCGUCUCUUCCAUCGCCUCCUCCUGCAGUCAGCGCAGAAGCCUCGGAGGGCACUUCCUCCGUAGGUUUGAGGAUGGACAGGACUUAGCACUCAGGCCUGUGAGGCAGGAGAUACGAAGACUUCCAAAGAAGGACCAGCUCCUCGGAUGUGCCCCCUUACAGAGAGAUGAAGGGGCAGCAGAAAACAGCUGAAGCUGAAGAGGGGACAGUGCAGAUUCAGGAGGGUGCAGUGGCAACGGGGGAGGACCCAACCAGCGUGGCUAUUGCCAGCAUCCAGUCAGCUGCCACUUUCCCUGACCCCAACGUCAAGUACGUCUUCCGAACUGAGAAUGGGGGCCAGGUGAUGUACAGGGUGAUCCAGGUGUCUGAGGGGCAGCUGGAUGGCCAGACUGAGGGGACUGGCGCCAUCAGUGGCUAUCCUGCCACUCAGUCCAUGACCCAGGCGGUGAUCCAGGGUGCAUUCACCAGUGACGAUGCAGUUGACACAGAGGGGACAGCUGCCGAGACGCACUAUACUUACUUCCCCAGCACUGCAGUGGGAGAUGGCGCAGGGGGCACCACAUCGGGCAGUACAGCAGCUGUUGUCACUACCCAAGGCUCGGAGGCGCUGCUGGGGCAGGCGACCCCUCCCGGCACUGGACAAUUCUUUGUGAUGAUGUCACCACAAGAAGUGUUGCAAGGAGGAAGCCAGCGCUCCAUUGCCCCCAGGACUCACCCUUAUUCCCCGAAGUCAGAAGCUCCCAGGACGACUCGGGAUGAGAAACGCAGGGCUCAGCAUAAUGAAGUCGAACGCCGCCGCCGAGACAAGAUUAACAACUGGAUUGUGCAGCUGUCCAAGAUCAUCCCAGACUGCUCCAUGGAGAGCACCAAGUCUGGCCAGAGUAAAGGUGGAAUUCUGUCCAAAGCCUGUGAUUAUAUUCAAGAGCUUCGACAGAGUAACCACCGCUUGUCUGAAGAACUGCAGGGCCUUGACCAGCUGCAGCUGGACAAUGAUGUGCUUCGACAGCAGGUGGAAGAUCUUAAAAACAAGAACCUGCUGCUCCGAGCCCAGCUGCGGCACCACGGGGUGGAGGUCGUCAUCAAGAAUGACAGCAAUUAACUGCGGGGACUUGCAGUCUUCGGGCCCUACCACCCCUCUCCAAGAACUGCACAUAGCCCAGGAGCAACCGGCUAACCCCGAGCCCCUUUCCUUCACUGCCCGCUUCUGGCGGGGGACCAGGGGGAGUUGAGAAGGCGUGGCUUUGAACCGAGGCCCUGUCACAGGGCCCCCUGCAGUGGUGUGAAACACACGUGGGCGCACACUGACACCCUUGCCCGGCCCCACCGCGCAGCCCCCCGGGCCCAUGUGCCCUUGCAGAUGCAUGUGCUGUCUCCGUGCUGGAUACCGGACACACACGACGAGGGGGCUUGCCCUGGGCUUGCUCAGAGUGCCAGCAGAGGGGCUGCUGACCAGCGAUGCUCUGGCUUGCCCCAGGACUCUGGCGCUUUACUGGGUCUUCCUUACCCCGGAGCUCGACUCAGACAGAUGUGCACUCGAGGACUCUGGGGAACAGGCUGCUUCGCAGUGGCUGCUGCCCCAGGAAGAGAAGACCGACCAGCAAGCAGCUAAGGCCUAUGCAGAAGUCCGGAGCCAGGGA